UAUAAAAAACAUAUAAGUAACAUAUAUAAAUAUAUAUGUAUAUUUACUACUGUAUAUAAUUGUAUAUUAAAUCGACGAAAAUCUCUCUAUGACUUUUUAUAAUAUACAAUAUAUAUAUUUUAACCAUACAUUGUUUUUUCAUACGGGAAUAGACAAAAUCUUUAAUAUUCUAAAUAAUAAUUUCAUGUUAAAAGGAUUCUCUAAGGAUUUCCGAGUUGGUGAAAGAGAAUCCCCUUAAAAAAUCUGAAACACGGUUAAAUUAUGGGCCAGCCCCAGAACUUCUCGCUGUUUUCGAGCUUGGAGAGCUCGAAAACAUUAUUAUUGGUAAAUUCUUGAGCACUGCGAGAUCAACAAACGAUUGGACCGAAAAAACAUGUAUUUCGUCGAAAAAGGCAUUUUUUGUUCAAUGAUAUUUUUGAAAAAGAUCGACCGAUUUGCACGUGCUCUGGGGCAAUCGAAAAAGCUUGUUGAGACUUAAAUUUGAUCAAGCUUUGAAACAAAUCGGUCGAAUAAUUGACGAGUUAUGCAACAAAAACUUCAAAAAAAAGUUUUUCAAUUUUGAUUUUUCGUAUAACUUGUAAACUACAUCCACUCCAAAAUCUAAUCAGUUCUAAGUCUUAGUGAGGCUUUUCGAUUGCCACAAAGCAAUCCAUCCGGAAAUAGUAAAAAUAGGUUCCUAGGAUCUCAAAACGUGUUUAAAAUUUUAUUUAUUAAAAUAUAUAUGCAUACAUAUGUAUACACUUUUCAUGAAAAAAUAUUUUAAUAAUUAUAUAAAAAAUAUAAUAUUUAUAAGAUAAGAAUAAUUUAAAAAAAAUAUAUAUAAUUUCGAUAUAAAUAAUUAUUUCUCUUAUUAUCGAUGCUUACUGAUUAUUGCGAAGUUCUAUGAAAAUUCCGCCAUGAACACAAAAACAAAUACUAGAUUUCUAUCAAAUCCAUUUGAAAAACAAACAGUUUUUAUUGCAAUAAAAAGUAUACUCAGAACCUUUAUAUGUUAUAUUGAUUUUGUCAUUAUUUCAAAAAUUAAAAGUACUGACGUGUUACUAGUUAACGUUGAGUGGCUGUUUUAUUACUUUUGAAAUAGACUAUUCAGUAACGAUUGUAAUACAUAAGAGAACAGACGUACUUUGCAGAAAAAAAAAACACGCUGUUAACUGUUCAAUAUUACUGAACUGUUUUAAAAUUUUAAUUUUAUAGACAGUAAAUAAUUGUUGUUUUUGUUUCAUUCAUUUUUUAUGAAAUCAAUAAACAAACUAUUAUUCUAUCAUCAAUAAAAAUUUGCAAGAGUUAAUUAACUAUCAACUUUGCUACCACUUUUGUGAUAUUCGGAUCACUGUUCUAUUAAUCUAUCAGUUAUUCCUGUGAAAUAUUUAAAAAUGAAGUGGAUUGAGAAAAUAAUAUGGUGGUUAAUUGCAGUAAAUAUAUCAGAUAUAAUUUACUUUUCAAAUGCAUCGAUAUCAGCUCAAGUUUCCAAACAACUGAAAUUUAUAUUGAAAUCAUGUUUCGCUGACCGGUUGAAUCUGGUAUUCAUCAGUGAAGAUUUGACCGAUAUUGCAUACACUGAGACGACUGAUUUGAGCAACAAUGUGACUUUUUUUGAAACGGACUAUCCAAUUAUCGUAAUCAAUCAAAAUUUUCGAGCUAAAAAUAUACAACUGUAUCACAACCCAAGAUAUCCUACCUACGUAUUAUCGGUUAAAUCUGUUAAGAAACUCAAAACAACCCUCCGAGAAUUAGCGUCCUUAUCCACCUGGAAUGUCAAAUCAAAUUUUUUCAUAGUUCGACAUAAUAAUAUCGAUUGCGAUAAAGAUGGUGAAAAAGUGCUGAAAGUUCUUUGGAAAAUGGAUAUGCUAUCCUCGUUCUACGUUUGUCUCGAGCCUGAUAAUAAUGAAAAAAUGCCGACUAAUGUAAUUGCUGACACGCGAACAAUGUUGUAUACUUUUAAUCCUUUUUCGAACCGCGCACCCUCGCCCUGGCGGGAAAUCCAUUUUGUUAAGCGACCGAUCGAUGACAGCAAACCUGAACAAGAUCAAGAUAAACAUUGGACUCUCUAUAAACAACCAUAUUCAAACGAUUCGAAAUUAUGCCCUAGUUUGACCUUUGAUAAAUUGAAUUACCUCAACGGAUGUCCCAUAAGAGCCGUUUCAGAAUCAGAAUCAGAUUAGACUCAAAACGACCCAGUAAAUAUAGAAGAAUUACGAAAAACCAUACCAUAUCCAUUUUUACAGUUUUUGGAAAACUUAUUCUUAUCUCUUAACGUCAAUCCGAUAAUUAAUUAUGGUAACCGAGGUGAUAUUGUUAACAAUACGCCAGUUGCCCGUGUAGAAUAUAUGAACCAUUUAUAUGUAAUACUAUAACCCAUCAUUUGCAUAAUAAAA